AUGGACCAAAACCGGCCAGCACGCCCGGGAGCCGCUGUCUUUCACACCCUGGGCUUGCUGGGCGCGGCGCAGACGUGGGGCCGCUGCCUGGCUGACGGCACCCUGCGACACAUGGUAAAGGCGCUGGGCCUCGACGGGUGGCUGUCAUCGUCGACGACAUCGUCGUCGUCGAGCUACGCGCUGCCGGGAACGUCGGGCGGUGCGGUGCUGCGGUCCAGCUUCACGGGCGUCCCGGGCGCCGACCUGCUGCUACGGAUGCUGGUCGUCUUCUUCUGGGAGCCCGCGUACGGCCGUCUCCCCGCCACCUCGCUCACGGGAGCCUACUUCCUUGGUCAAGUGUUUCCCAUCAUGACGGUCGUCUGCUUGGACGGCGUGCGCGGUGACGCAGGAGGUGGCAAGGGACCUAAGGGCGCGCUCCUGAGGGCCAUGAUGUGGCUCUUCCUGUUCCAGAUGACGGGGAUCGCGAGCACUGGGGGCCUGUGGGUGCUGUCGUUUACCAACACGUCGCCGACUGCGUCCACUACAUCCUCUCUGACGCACCUACGCGAAGGGUCCCUGGUGUCCAGGCACAUGGGUCUCGUCGUCCUGGUGGCCAUGGUCCUCGGCUAUGCUGUCACGGGCGCCGCUAUGGGCCUGCACUCUCCCACAGUCGUGUCGUACGACUUCCAGCAAUGGGCCAUUGUCGCGUGGAACGUGUACCCCAUCUGGGUCUACCUCCUGGUCAAGAUGGGAAGCUUCGUCGCCACCCUUUCAUCCUCUUCGCAAAGCCGCGCGCCGUCAAAGGCAAUGGGUCAUCGACGGGAGGAUCACCUGCGCUCCGUGCGCUUGGUCAGUGGCGUCACGGCCGUGGCGGGCUUCGCCUUGCACGUUGCAGUGGUGGCCGUAGCGGUCUCCACAGUCCUCUUUCCAGCCAUGUUCAAGGAGCGAUACAGGGCCGAGUUCGAUCCCGUCCUCCUUGUCACGCCGCCGCUAUCUGUCACGCAGACAUCUACGGUCGGGGAUGGGAUCCGCUCCUUCAUGCUGUGGGACCAGGUGUUUGGGUAUACGUUCUCGCUGGCCGCCGUGUCUGCACAGCUCCGUGCCGCGUUACGGUUCUCGCCAUACCGGGUCGGAGCAUUUAGGGCCACAGCUAUGUGCGCAUUGUCGUGUGUGCUGCUUGGACCGGGCACAACUUGCACGUUGCUUAGCUGGCUGCGCGACGAGCUCUUGUUCAGUAGUGAACUUGAUGACAAGGUGAAGAAGGCCUCAUAA